AUGUUCGAAAAACGAAAGUAGGGCUUAGCACGAUUCGCAUUGUUAUCGCCAAGGUUUUGUUGACCAAGGUUUCAGAUUCUGAGUCUAGUAUACUAGAUCUAAUAAUGAUAAGCAAAUAAAUAGCAUAAAGAUGAGAUAUAAUAAAGCCAGUAGAUCUUUAUCUAAAUGAUGGCUGGCAAUUCUUCAAUGUUCCCUCAGAAAGCAUUGUUUGAAAACAAGCUAAUACAACUCUUUCUUGCUAAUGAUCACACCAAUAAAGGCUACCUCACACUAUCAGAAGUAGACACUGUUCUAAGUCAUCUCCAUUUGAAUACUACAACAGAUAAAGUCAAGACAUCUCUUUUGGAAAGAAUCCAUGACACAGACAAGAUAAGUAAACAAUGUUAUCUUUAUACAUUAAGGUUAUGAUGGCAUUUUCUUUUCUUUUUUUUUGCAAACUGUUCCAGACUUAACAUAAUUACACUAAAGUUUUCACAAUGUUUCUACAAUUUCAUUUUAACUAAUAUUUCUUUAUAGCAUUUAAUAGAUCUCUUAGUUACUGAGCUUAUUGUACCAAUAAAUAGAUUUAUAUUUUUGCAUCAAUCACACAUUUGAGACAUUCUGUACUAUUGAUGGGAUCUUUCUCAAGUAUAAAAAAAAAUGUUACCUUUAACUAAUGUUUGUAGAUGUUUUCAAAUGAUACCUUUACAAAGCUACCAUUUAUGUUCUUACACCUUUUAAAACAUGAAGAGCUAACUCUGUUAUCUUUUUUUUUUUGUUGGUUUAAAUGUUAUCUUCUUAAUUUGAAAUGUUUAACUUGCUGUUCUUUGUUACAAUUUUAUUUUAUUAAUGUAUACUAUAUCAAAUUCUAUAUUAAAAUGUUUAGUGAUGACUUUUUAUGUUUGAAUCAAUUAAAUAUGAUUAUAUUAAAAUGUUUAGUGAUGACUUUUUAUGUUUGAAUCAUUAAAUAUGAUUUUAUAUAAAACAGAUGUACCAUGUACCUAUUCCUAUUACAAUCUUUACUGUUUUUAAGCUCUUUUUGAAAGAUUUUUCAUUUUUGAUUUAUUUUUUUUAGUCAUUAAUGACUUCUGUCAAUGAUUAAUGCAUGCAAGUCAAAACUUACUCAAAUGUAAAUGAAUGUUUUUGAGCUUUUUUUUUUUUGAUUUUGAAACAGCAUAGUGUUUGAAGUAAAGGUUAAAAUGUUUUGAUUGUGUAAGUCAAGUCUGUUUUAUUUUAAUCAUUAUCAACAAGAUGGUUGAAGUUCAGAAUACUAAAUUGCAUGCCUUAAUGGAAAUCUUAAAAAAUUAUUUUCUCAACUUAUAAUUGGUAUUUGAAAACUUGAACCAGGAUGCGAUACAAGGAUAGGGUUGUAAUCCAAGUAAAAUAUUAGCAUAAAAAAUGUGUUCCCAUUUUAACACAUUUUUUAAAUUUCAUGCUUACCCACAUUUUGUUCUUUUCUUCUAAUAAGUCUACUUUAAAGAUUUAAAAACUGUUCUCAUCAAGUUCUGCAAUAUUUGGGACAUUCAGAAUCAUGAUAGCCCUUCACUUAACCAUGAAGAAGACUCUACAUCUAAAAUUCAGGCUCCUCCUAAGCUUGUCAUUGGAUCUAAAAAGUAUGGUCGGCGAUCCUUGCACUACACAUGUGACAGAGGAUUUCUAAAACCUUUGCGAUUCAUGCCAAAAAGAAGCAGAGAACAGUUGACAAGACCUGCAGUUGAAAAGAAAGCAUUUAAGAAAAAACAGAAUGGCAGUUUCACAUCAAACAUGAUAGAUGAUGGGCUUUCUUUUGUAGAUCAUGGUCAGUUUGCUGGAAAUGAGACAAACUCUGACUUGGCUCAUUUGGACAGUUUGUGUAAACAACUAGGCAUUGGUAGUUCAGGACUCCUUAGCCAACCUGAGUUCAAGCGGUUAAGUGCAUACAUUGCUUUAAAUAAUACAAGAGAUAAGGAACUAACAGAGUUGUUUUCUAAACUUGAUACUGAUUCUGAUGGUCUUGUAUCCCUUUCUGAGAUUAUUGCUGGGCUUCCUAGACAAUCAGUUCUACAUGCCCCAGUUCCUGCAUCCCCACAUCAGCGUUCCAGUUCACGUCUGAUUCCCAGGUCACCAAGGCCAAGCAGUCAUCCUAGAGCUCGAGUAGAGGAAAUGUCAACACCUAAUACCAAGCGUGCCCUCACCCAGUUCAUUAGUGGUGAUGUUAGUGGGAUCUUCUCUUCAAUUGAUUAUUCUUUAGAAGGAAUUGCCCAAUCAGAAGAUGUUAUUGAUUUGUGGUUCAAUUUGGGUGUUGGAAACGGGGCUGAAAUUCUGUCAUCUCUGGGGUUUAACCCAAAUGGAAGAAUAAAACUGUGUGAUUUAAUGUCUGCACUGGAAACCCGAAUGGCAGACCCAAAUGUGCCAGAUGAAAUUUUCAAUGCAGCCAUUGCUUCAUUCCAUCAGGAAGUCUAUCACCUCAAAUCAAAAGUUGAAGAGUUGCAAAGUGAAAACAGAAAACUGAAACUUGACCUUGCUGAGUCCAAAGCACACUCUUCUUUGUUAGCCAGGGAGAUGGAUGAGAGGCAUUUACAACUGGAUAGUUCUUGGGAAUCAAAACUUUUAGAGACAAUAGGAAAUCUUAAAGAUACUUAUUGGACUGUUGAAAACAAAUACCAAGAGCAAGUGAAAAUGUUACAAAACACUUUAGUGAAAGAGAAGAAACUCCAUGCUACCCAAGUGACUGAGCUAGAAACUGAUCUUCAGGAACUGAAGAACCAGUCACAUGUUGCUGAGAAAAAAUGGAAUGAGAAGUCUGCAGAUUUUCAAAAGGAGAUCAGAAAGCUCUCUGGUGAACUUCAAACUUCUAAUCAAAAGAUAGAGUAUCAAAACAAACAAAUAGAAGACUUAAAAAUGAACUUGAGAGACAGAACUGAAAAGAUGUUGAACAAGACAUCCCCUGAUGUUGAGGAACUGCAAGCUAAACUUGAUCUCAAUCAACACUUUCUAGACAUCAGCAAUAAAGAAAUCAAGAAACUUAAAGAUGACAAUGAUGAAUUGUUGGCUGAAUUAGAAAGACUUAAGACUGCUCAGAGAAAGAAAGAACAAGCAUUGAGUGUUGAUACAGAAAGAAUGUCUCAGAAACCAGUGUAUCAAGCAUUGUCACCCCCUGCUCUUUAUGAACCUAAAGUUGAAGAAAGAAUAACUCCUCUGUCCUUGGCCCAGACAUCGCAGCCACUGAAAGUGAAAGAUAUGAUGAGUCAUUCUCAAACAGAGAGUUAUGAAGAACCUGUGAAUUAUAGCAAUGAGAUGAGGCAGCACCAGGACUGGCUGGAGAGGGAACUCAAGGAUACCAGACACAAGUAUGAAAUGGAGCUGUACGUCAUACAGGAUAUUCACAAGGCAGAGAUCAAAACUUUAAACAAAAGCUUUGAAGAAGAAAAGAGGAGGCUCUAUGAAGAGUAUGCAUUACCAAGAGAAAAGGCACUUGAAGAGUUGGAGAGAAAAAUGUCUGAUGCAUUUGCCAGAGAAAGAAAAGAUUUGCUGGAUAAAGCUGAUGUGGAGAAAAGACAGCUCAUUGAUAGGCAUAGGACAGAAAGAGAAAAUCUAGAACAAAAAUUGAUUAGCUUAGAAUUGGAAGUACAACAUAGACACAAAGAUAAGGACUUGAUUCAACAUCUGGAAGUGCAACUCUCCCAAUGCAGAGAAGAUCUUCAGAUGCAAGAGAAUCAGAAAACAAAUUUGGUACAACUAAUGAAGAAAAAGGAAGAGUCCCUGAUGUUGGAAUUUGACCAUGAAAAGAAAAAUUUGGUUCAAAAUUUUACUCAGCAAUUAGAACAAUGCCAACUGGCUUACAAUCAACAUCUUGGAAAUAUCUUGGCAGGGGGUGUGAAAGGUCUGAGUGGUCAGUUAAAAGAUGACUUCAUGAUGAUGGUACAGAGAGAUGUUGAUGUAAACGUCAGGGAAUCAGAUAAAAUUCUUUUACAACAAUUACAGAUAGACCGCAGAGCUGUAGCCUUGGAAUUGGAGAAAGAAAGACAUUUGAUAUAUAAAGAAGGAGAGGCUGCUAAAAAUGAGCUAAUAGAAAAGUAUGAGGCUUACAUUGCUGCCCUGACAAGUGAGGUAACUCUGCUCCACUCUCAGAGAGAAUCAGAGCAGUUAUUGUACAAUGACUUCUUCAACAAAGUGGCCAGUGAGAGGGGAGAUAGAGAGGUUUAUGACAAGCUAAGAGAGAUAGAGGCGGAACUGAGACAUGAAAGAAUAAAACAAAAUAAAGUUUUUGAAGCUAAAAUGAAGGAGAUAGAGCUACAAAAACAAAAUCUUCAGGAGGAAAAGAUUCACAAGUUGAUUGAAGAAAACCAGAAGAAGGAAGAGGAGAUUAACUUGUUAAGGGCCAGAGUUCAGACUCUGAAGCAAGUAAAGAAGGAUCUUAAAAGAACGCUGGAAGAGAUGAACAAGAGGGUGUUGGUAGAUGAAUCCAAUGUUUCCAGAACUGUACAUGUCCUUCCUGUGCAAGUUUCAAGGAGACAUGAAAUGAUCUAUCCAAAAAUGGAGGUGGACAGGUUGCCAGGACAGUUUUCUCUUAGAACACUUGAUGUGAAUGAUACAGAAAGUGAGCAAAGUGUGGAAGCUGAACAUCAGAAAGUGAUAGGAGAACACAUUCAGUCUGGCAGAAAAUUAGCAGAACAACAAAAUCAGCCAGACCAAACAGGAAAUGAAGAAUUUAUUCAUCCUGAAAGAAAAGUUGUCAAAGCACAAAUACAGACAGACAGAAUAAUAACAGAAGAACCAAUAUAUCCUGAAAGAAAAGCUAUCAAAGAGCAAAAACAACCAGACAGAAUGGUAGAUAAAAGAAUCCAGCCAAACAGAAACAUAGUUGAAGAGAAAACUUUUCCAGAGAGAAUAGUAACAGAAGAACUAAUUCAUCCAGAAAGAAAAACUGUCAAAGAAGAAAGGCUGCCAGGGAGAAUAGUAAUAGAAGAACUAAUUCAUCCAGAAAGAAAAACUGUCAAAGAACAAAGGCUGCCAGAGAGAAUAGUAACAGAAGAACUAAUUCAUCCAGAAAGAAAAACUGUCAAAGAACAAAGGCUGCCAGGGAGAAUAGUAACAGAAGAACUAAUUAAUCCAGAAAGAAAAACUGUCAAAGAACAAAGGCUGCAAGACAGAAUAGUAAAAGAGGAACUAAUAGAGCCAAGAAGAAAAGAAAAAAAAGACAUCUUUCAAGCUAAGAGUGAAAAUGCUAGUGGUGAAAACUAUUUUCUAGAUCAAGACAAACAGCAAAGUUUGGAAUACGAAAAACAUGAGAUGGAAUUACAGGGGAAAACAUAUUUUGAUGAGGGUUUGGAACAGGUAAAGAAAGAAGGCAUUGAUGAGUUAGAAAAAGAAAGAAGAAAAUCCUUUGAAGAGGGCUUUAUAAAAAGAAAGAAAGAAGGAUUUGUUGAAUUAGAAGAAGAAAAAAGAAGAGCAUUUGAAGAAGGCUUUAAAAAGGGAAAGAUGGAAGGACUAGAUGAAUUGGACAAAGAGAAAAGUAAAUCAUUUGAUGAAGGCUAUGAACUGAGAAAGAAAGAAGAAAAGGAAGAAUUAGAUAUAGAAAAAAGUUUUGAUGAGAGCUUUAAACAGGGAAAGAAAGAAGGAGAGAAAACAUGUUUUGAAUUGGGAAAAAAAGAAGGAUUUGAAUUAGGAAAAGAGGAAGGUUUUGAAUUGGGGAAAAAAGAAGGAUUUGAAUUAGGAAAAGAGGAAGGUUUUGAAUUGGGGAAAAAAGAAGGAUUUGAAUUAGGAAAAGAGGAAGGUUUUGAAUUGGGAAAAAAAGAAGAAUUUGAAUUUGGAAAAGAGGAAGGUUUUGAAUUAGGAAAAGAGGAAGGUUUUGAAUUGGGAAAAAAAGAAGGAUUUGAAUUAGGAAAAGAGGAAGGUUUUGAAUUGGGAAAAAAAGAAGGAUUUGAAUUAGGAAAAGAGGAAGGUUUUGAAUUGGGAAAAAAAGAAGGAUUUGAAUUAGGAAAAGAGGAAGGUUUUGAAUUGGGAAAAAAAGAAGGAUUUGAAUUAGGAAAAGAGGAAGGUUUUGAAUUGGGAAAAAAAGAAGGAUUUGAAUUAGGAAAAGAGGAAGGUUUUGAAUUGGGGAAAAAAGAAGGAUUUGAAUUAGGAAAAGAUGAAGGUUUUGAUGAAGGAACUUUAUCAGGAUUUGAUGAUGGAAAGAAGAAAGGCUUCGAGGAUGGAUUUAAACAAGGUAAAAAAGAUGGAAUAUCUGAUGGUUUUAAUCAAGGAAUGAAUAAAGGUCUAAAUGAAGGAUUUAUUCAAGGGUUAGAGCAAGGCAAGAUUGAAGAGUUUGAUAGAGGGAAACAAGAAGGUCUGCAGCAAGGUAAAGAAGAAGGAUCAUGUCAAGGUAAAAUAGAAGGCUAUGAAUUGGGUAAAAAUGCGGGGUUUAAUGAAGGUAAGGCACUAGGUUUUGAAGAAGGUAAGAUUCAAGGAAUUGAGGAUGGCAAAGCCAAAGGUUUCGAUGAAGGCAGGGCUCAGGGUUUUGAUGAAGGCAGGGUUCAGGGGUUUGAUGAUGGCAGGGCCCAAGGGUUUGAGGAAGGCUUGAAACAGGGAAAAGAAUAUGAAGCCACAAAAUACAAUGAAGGUUUUACCUUGGGAAAAGAAGAGGGACUAAAAGAAGGCUACUCUAAUGGGAAAAAAGAUGGUUUUGAAAAUGGCUACUUAAAGGGCAGAAAAGAAAGUUUAAAUGAAGGCUAUGACCAAGGAAAAACUGAUGGACAUGAAGUAGGCUAUGAGCAAGGUAAAAGAGAUGGACAUAGUGAAGGUUAUGACUUUGGAAAGAAGGAUGGUCAUAUUGAAGGUUAUAAUAUUGGAAUAACAGAAGGACAAGAUGAAGGAUAUCAGCGAGGCAAGAAAGAUGGACAAGAUGAAGGGUAUAACCUUGGAAAAAAAGAUGGACAGGAUGAAGGCUAUGGAGUUGGAAAGAACGAAGGAUAUGAACAAGGAAAGAAAGAUGGACAAGAUAAAGGAUAUGAACAAGGAAAGAAAGAUGGACAAAAUGAAGGCUAUGGAGUUGGAAAGAAUGAAGGAUAUGAACAAGGAAAGAAAGAUGGACAUGAUGAAAGCUAUGGAGUUGGAAAGAAUGAAGGAUAUGAACAAGGAAAGAAAGAUGGACAAAAUGAAGGAUAUGAACAAGGCAAAAAAGAUGAACAAAAUGAAGGAUAUGAACAAGGAAAGAAAGAUGGACAAAAUGAAGGAUAUGAACAAGGCAAAAAAGAUGGACAAAAUGAAGGAUAUGAACAAGGCAAAAAAGAUGGACAAAAUGAAGGAUAUGAACAAGGCAAAAAAGAUGGACAAAAUGAAGGAUAUGAACAAGGAAAGAAAAAUGGACAUGAUGAAGGAUAUGAACAAGGAAAGAAAGAUGGACAAAAUAAAGGAUAUGAACAAGGCAAAAAAGAUGGACAAAAUGAAGGAUAUGAACAAGGCAAAAAAGAUGGACAAAAUGAAGGAUAUGAACAAGGCAAAAAAGAUGGACAAAAUGAAGGAUAUGAUCAAGGCAAAAAAGAUGGACAAAAUGAAGGAUAUGAAAAAGGAAAGAAAAAUGGACAUGAUGAAGGAUAUGAACAAGGAAAGAAAGAUGGACAAAAUAAAGGAUAUGAACAAGGCAAAAAAGAUGGACAAAAUGAAGGAUAUGAACAAGGAAAGAAAGAUGGACAAAAUGAAGGAUAUGAACAAGGAAAGAAAGAUGGACAAAAUGAAGGAUAUGAACAAGGCAAAAAAGAUGGACAAAAUGAAGGAUAUGAACAAGGAAAGAAAGAUGGACAAGAUGUAGGAUAUGAACAAGGAAAGAAAGAACUAAGAAAGAAUGCUGGGCAUGAAUUAGACAAUGAGGUUGAAAAGAAAACUGGACAAGUAAAUGGCUAUAGUGAGAAAGAUGGACAUGGUGAAAUUUAUGAGCAGGGAAGAAAGGAUGGAUUCAAAGAGGGAUACGACCAAGGAAAAUAUGAUACAAAAGAGGAAAAUUUUGAAAAAAAAGAGACAGUUCAUAAUGUUUUCAAUCAUGAAAGAAAACAACUUGAGCUUGAUGGUGAAGGCUUUGACCAAGGGAAGCAUGCUGGAUACAAUGAAGGCCGUGACCAAGGGAGAAAAUAUGGACACAAUGAAACAUAUUUCAAAGGAAAGAAAGAUAGACAUGAUGAAGGUUAUGAACAAGGUUACAAAGAAGGAAUACUUGAGGGAUACAACAAAGGACGACAUGAUGGCUAUGAUGAAGGGAAAGAAGAAUCUUCUGACAGCCAAUUGAAUCAACAGGCCACUAUUUUGGAACAAGAGAAAUUAGCUUUGCAGAAAAAACUGAUACAGGAAAGAGACAAAAUCAAAGCUCUGACCAAAGAAGUUGCUGAUAAAGAUCAGCUAAAGAAUUCUUUUUAUCUUCUCCUUGGAGAAAAGAAUGCCAUGGAUGCCAAGAAUCAGGUUGUUCUCAAUGCAUUAAUACAGAAGCAUGCUAGUGAGAAAGAACGCUUGCUUGAUAGGAUCCAACAACUAGAGAAGCAGAAAGUGGAUGUCCUUACUGGUAGAAGAUCUGCGGAGGAGUGUAUUGAAGCUGUGCAGGAAGAACUGGAAAUGGCUCAGAAAGAAAUUAAUGAAGAAGAAUUCAUUAAAAGCUAUAAGCCUCCACAGAGGGCAGCACUGAAUUUUCCCUCAGAUGAGGAUAAUCUUCAGAAGCAGAUUAAUUUGUUAAGCACUCAAUUGAAAGAGGCUGAAAAGGAACAAGAAAAUCUGAAACAACUUCAGCAUGAACAUGAAAUGCUGAAACAUGAAAAAUUUGGGCUUGAAAAUUUACUGGAAAAACUCCAAAAGAAAUUAUCUGAUGGAGAUAAUGAUAUCAUUAAAUCUCAAAUGGCUAAGAUUCACCAGUUAAAUGAAGACAAGAAGUCUUUGCAAGCCCAGUUAGACCACGCUUCCAAUCAAAUAAUGGCUGCUAGUACAGCAAUGGCUUUGGCCCAGUCUCACUUUACCAAGGAACUAGAGGCCAUGAAACAGAAUUCACCUUCUUUGUCAGAGCUAGAAAACUAUGCCCAGCUACAGCUGAACAAUUUGGACCAGCAGAGACAGAUCCUUGAACUUCAGGAUGCAAUAAAGAAACAUGAGUCUAUAGUGGACAAGCUUUUGAAAGAUGGAGAUGUGGAAAAGGAAAAUAUAAUUAAAGCUAUGGAGACCAAGGUCAAGGCAGUUCAAGACCAGCUGCAGUCCACACAGGAUCUUUUUACAAGGCAAAAAGAAAAAUGUGAAGAGUUGGGCUUGGCCAAUAAGAAAAAGGUUUUAUUGCUGAAAGAUCUCCAUGCUGAGAUUGCUCAUCUUAUGACAAGUUUGGCAGAAAGUGAAGAGAGGAGGAGGCAGUCAGAGAGAAUGGAGAGAAAACUCUUUGAGAAAUGUGAAUCCUACAAGAAAACACUUGACAGAAUCAAUGCCAGUCUAGCAAGAUAAUGUCUUCCACUGAUCCUUAUAUGUACAGUGAAUCCCUGCUCAAUGACGAGGUAAGGGACCAGAAAGUCUGUCAAGCAUGUUUCAUAGUUAAAUGUGACCCUAGAUUAGGGUUAGAUAUUAAUCAUUGUUUAAUAGUAGACAAUGUAGUAACCUUUUUUUUCUUUCGGUACAGUUUUGUAUACACUUGUAGUCGUAAAUAUUCUACUAAUGAAGGUAGUAACAUUUUCAUCCUUGUAGUGUAGACCCUAACAGCAUCCAUGUACUCUUCCUUUUCUAUCCCAUGUUGAUAGGAUAUGUUUUGAUUGUAAAAUUGAAAAAAAAAAGUUCUUGUGCAUACCUGCAAUGUGAUAACGAGCGAUGGUGUUGCUAAAAUGAACUGGCUUAGCCCAGCUUAUGUACACAACACACCACUGUGCUGCCACUUCUGCACAAAAUCCAAAAAUAAUGCUUGGCCAUCAAUUAUAUCUUUGAAAUUUGGUUGUGUAUCAGAAUUAAAAGGAAUUAAUGUGAGGACUUACUGUACAUGCAAUUUUGCCUUUCAAAAGUCCUAAAAAAUGUAUGCUAAUUGUUUCUUUACAAUCAAACUUUGUAACAAAUGUAUAUUGAUACUUCCUUUUGUUGAUGUGUUUGAUAACAUUUAAAAAAACUAUGUUAAAAUUGUGUGAUUCAAAAAUUGUAUUAUUGUCACUUCAAAGUGGCUUUUGGUCCCCUCUCUGAAUUUGCUCCCUGCACUUCAUACCCAAGGUUGUCCUAAUGAAUUGGUCAAUUGUAAUAUAUUCUGUGUUAAAAUGAAAAAAUGCUACUAGGUGCAUUAGCCUUGGGCCCUGCCCCAUGCAAUGGAUAUUUAUGUCUCACUGCUAUUAUAAAUGUUUUUGGUUUGAAUGUUCACCUUGACAUUCCAAGACAGCUGUAUUGAACAGGGGAAUGUAAAUAGUAUUUAUUCAACAAAUAUUUACUUACUUUUAAUUGAACUUUAGAAUGUUAAAUUGAACUAAAGCUCAAUUUUUUAUGACUGGUUGUAAU